CUCUCUUGUUUACCUUUUCUUUAAGGCCUCCAACGGUGGAGGCGGAAUAAACUCCGUCCACUUCGGCAUCCGUCCGAAUUUCACUCCUUCCCUAUAUACGCACGCUUCCUUCCACCUCGCCAUUUUACUCCCCUCUCUCUCCCGUCUUCGUCUCGGGCUCUCGGCUCGUCGCCGUGCGCCCGUACCGUCCCAAGUCGUCACCAGCAGCUAAGCCGGUACGAGAGAGGCCAAGAUGAUGGCAGAGGCGUUCCGGGAGGUGCUGCCGCUGCCCUACUUUCCCGGUCAGCCGUACUGGUACUUGCAGGAGCGGCGAGGAGCCGGAGCGGACGCCUGGACGGCGGAGGAGAACAAGGUGUUCGAGAAGGCGCUCGCGCAGAUCGACCGGGACGCGCCCAACAGGUGGGAGCUGGUCGCCGAGAUGCUGCCCAGGAAGACGGUCAUAGACGUGGUGAACCACUACAGGGACCUCGAGAACGACGUCGGCUCCAUCGAGGCAGGGCUGGUGCCGUUCCCUCACUACAGCAGCUUGUCCCCGGGCUCCGGGUUCACGCUGCAGGACUGGGAUGGCAGCGACGGCGGGUUCAGGCGCGGCUGCUGCCUCAAACGCGGCCGGGCACCGGACCAGGAGCGGAAGAAAGGCGUCCCGUGGACGGAGGAGGAGCACAAGUCGUUCUUGAUGGGGCUGAAGAAAUACGGGAGGGGAGACUGGAGGAACAUCUCGCGCUACUUUGUGACGAGUCGGACGCCUACGCAAGUGGCCAGCCACGCGCAGAAGUACUUCAUCCGCCUCAGCUCCGGCGGCAAGGACAAGCGCCGUUCUAGCAUCCACGACAUCACCACGGUCAACCUGCCAGAGGACGACGCCACCAACCCUUCACCGUCGCCGCCGUCCGUGCUCACCACGGCCUCGGACCAGCUCGGCGCCAUCGUGGAAGCCAAACCAGCUCAACCGCCGUCGCUCGGCACGCAACGGCACUUCAUGUCGCCGCUGCCGGGAGCGCUCGGCGUUAGCCACCCCUACGGCAGCGUGAAGCUAGAACCAAGUGCAUCGUUCUUGGGCGGCGGCACGGAGCCAGGCCUCGACGAGGCUAUCCUUCUGCAGAUGCAAUGCGGACAGUUGUGACGUCCGUUCUCGGCGGCGAGAACCGCAUUGGAGGAGAAGCCAGACCUAGGCUUCGAUCAUAUCUCCGGGAACGAAGAGGGUCAGGGCAAGUUGCAGUCUGUCAGUGCGUGCUUGGCUAGCCAGUUGCAAGUUGGUUGCAGGCUUGCUUCAUGCGUCUCAGAAUCACGAAGUACUGAGCGGAAAGCUUCAGUACAUCAGACAGUGGCACGCCGUUCAGUGUACUGCUACCAUCUCCCUGCAGCUUCGUGUCCAUGGAGAGCCACGAGAUGCAAUCGGCGCCAACUCCAGUGUACAUAGAAAGUAAAGGGUCAGGAGCUUUCGAUUACUCAAUAAGCAUUUCAUGAAACCUGCGUCCUGUUUUCCAGUCACUAACCGGCGACUGUUUCGAUCAGCGGUACCAGGUCCGACUGUAAGCUAGUAUAACGGGUUUUUUUAUGUGUUGCUGUUGUUGUAAUAAGGUAGUUGUAAUGUAUUAGUGCACCUAUUUGGUAGCCCUGGUAUCAUGCCAUUCGAUGCUUGUAACAAAAGAAAACAGCUGCCAUUGUUGCACCGCAAUGAGAAGUUCAGAUUUGAUCACGCCGAUCUGAAUGAAAGCAUGCCAUGGUAAUCCCGUGUCCACGUCGAUCGUCCU